AUGACGGAGGUAACUUCACCAUACCGUGGCAGGGCCAAGGAGAUGUGGCCGGCACCGGCUGCAGAUGUAGAGAGCGAAGCCGCCGCCGCUGCCGCAGCGCCGCCGCAGCAGACAAAAGUGUGCUUUAACGUUUGCCGCCAGGAGCAGUACCACCCAAACAAGGGGUACCGGCACCUUGCGCGGAAGCUGCGGCAGGGCGGCAUGGUAGAAGUAAACAAGGAGGACAUCACGCUGGACCGCCUGAGCGCCAGCGACAUCGUCCUCUUCCCUGCGCCGCAGACGCCCUUCUCGGAGGAGGACAUGGCAGUGAUUCGGCAGUACGUGGAAGGCGGCGGCUCUGCCAUGAUCCUCUUAGGUGACGGCCACGGGGGGCAGUACUCGUACCUCAGUAGGACCCUCGACGACUGGACAGGGAUCACCAUCAACGAGGAUUGCGUCGUGCGCACUGUUCUGCACCGCUACCUGCAUCCCAAGGAAGUGUGCGUGACCAACGGCAUCACGAACCGCGCUAUCAACAAGGCCGCUGGCAAGAAAGUGUUCGGCGCCGUGGGCGGGUCGCCGAGCAGCGGCUUCGGUGGCGGGACGGGCAGCAUAAGGGCGAAGGGCGCCACCUCCACCAUGGGCAUCGGCUCCACGCUCAUGACGCUCAACCGCACGGUCGGUCCUGGGCAGGCAGCAAACGCGGCGCUACUCGCGCAGAGCGCCGCCGCAGGAAGCGCUGCGGCCAUGGCUGUCGACGAGGCCGAACAGGAGGCCACCAGUCUGGUCUUUGUGUAUCCAUACGGCCUCACCUUCAACGUGCAGCGGCCCGCCAUCCCGCUCCUCAGCAGCGGUUUCAUGGCGUACCCGCUGAACCGCCCGAUCGCGGCGGCGUGGGAAUGCCCAAAGGUGGUGGAGCAUCUUGGGCGUCGCAAGCAGGGCAAACUGCUGAUGAUCGGGUCGGCGCAGCUCUUCGAUGACGCGUGGAUUGAGAAAGAGGAGAACAGCACACUCGCCUCCAUCCUCUUCGACUACCUUGACCACAAGCUGAAGCUGAACCAGAUCGAUGCUGACGAGCCGGAUAUUACGGACUACCACCACCUUCCUGAUACCGCUUCCCUCUCCGAGCGGUUGCGCGUGGCUGUAGAGCAGCACGAGGAGCUGCCGCGUGAUUUUACGCAGCUGUUCGAGCUAGAUUCGUUCAAGAUCGACACGGACAAAAUACCAGAUGUGGUGGACACCUACUCGAAGCUAUCUGUGAAGGUGGAGCCGCUGACACUGAUCCCGCCGGAGUUCCAGACGCCGCUGCCGCCGGUGAAGCCCGCCGUUUUUGAGCCGAUUCACCGCGACCCGCCCCCGCCAGGGCUGGACCUCUUCGAUCUCGACGAGGAGUUCGCGCCGGAGCGGGUCCGACUCAGCCAGCUCACGAACAAGUGCAAGGCGGAUGACGUAGAGUACUACAUCUUGCAGGCGGCGGAGGUGAUGGGAGUGACGAAGAAACUGCGCAGCCCACGCAACCGCGACCCGCGCGCGCUGCUCGACUACGUGUUCCGCCAGGUGGUGGACUACAAGAAGGUGAACAGUGGCCCUGUCGUGUCACAGGAGGUCGGAUAUGGCGAUGCCGCCUCCGGGGCGGCUGCGACAGACAACGCCGCUGCCGCCGCUGCCGCUCAGAACAUGAUGCGCGUGAUUCGCGUCAGCAACGACGGCACCGGCGACGCGACCCCGUUCGACGAGAACCCACUCUGGAACCUCUACCUAGAGGCGGACUUUGCAAAGGGCACCAUCGAGGGUAACCUGCAACUGCUGCGGGACUCGAGCCGCUUCAGCGCACAGGAGGCGCGUAUCGAGGGCGACAUCAAGCCGCCAGGCGAGCGUGAGUAUUCGAUGGAGUGGGGCGUCGUGCUAGACGCCGCUAAUGGCGAGCAGAUCAUCUACGUGUUCUUAGCAAUGAUCCAAGGCAACCAGCUGCGCGGCGUGUGUGAGCAGGGCGGCGGCGGCAACACCCGCAACUUCCUAUAUACGCUAGAAGAGCUGUAG